AUGGGAUCCUCCAAAAGUGUUUCCCAAUGUACUUGUGUCUUUCUGUUCACAUUAUGGAAUAACGUGGAGCUGUCUAUAGAAAAUAAAUUUACUGCAAACUAUUCAUGCAGUUUUCUGACUAAUGUUCCAAAAGGCAUACCAAUGCAAACAAAAGUGCUGGAUUUAUCACAGAAUAAUAUCUAUGCAGUUCAUAUUUCUGAUUUCAGUCCUCUACCUGAACUGCAAGUAUUAAAUCUGUCUCACAAUCUAAUCAGUAAGCUUGAUUUUAGUGCUUUCAAAUUUAAUAAUGACUUGCAAUACUUAGAUUUAUCUCAUAACAAUAUGUCAAUUAUUAAGUGUCAAUUUAUGGAAGAACUAAGACAUUUGGAUCUUUCUUUUAACAAGUUUAAUGCCUUGCCCAUCUGUCAGGAAUUGGGUAUUAUGUUCCAACUGAAAUACUUGGGAUUGAGUGGCACAAUGAUACGCAGGUCAGACUUCAGAGCUAUUGCACACCUUCAGCUGAACACUGUCUUUCUAACCUUAGAAGACCUUACUGACUAUGAUUCUGGGAGUCUGCCAGACUUAAGCACAAGGAAUCUUCAUAUUGUUUUCCCAACAAACAAAGAUUUCAAUUUUUCUCUUUUGUAUGAUGGAAUGAGUACUUCAGAAAAAUUAGAAUUCUUCAAUAUUAAAUAUGACUUGAGCUAUAAAGACUUUCAAUUUCCUCCUUUAUCCCUUGAAAAGGAAUUCAAAACAUCCAACCUCAUUCUUAACAACGUUGAUUUAUCCUGGACUAUUAUUUUGCGAAUUUUUAUGAUUGUUUGGUAUUCACAUGUAGAGUCUUUCACUGUGAAAAAUUUGACCUUUGGGGGUGAAAUUAGGUUGAACAAACCUGAUAUUUCUUCCAUACUAAAAUAUCAAGAACAACAUUUUGUUUCAGAGAGUUUAAUAAAAGUGGUAACCUUAGAGCAUGUUCGGAAUAAGCUUUUUUAUUUUAAUCAAGAAAUUGUGUACCUAGCAUUUUCAAAAAUGAACAUAGAAAAUCUAACAAUAUCUGAUGCAAAUAUGCCAUACAUGCUUUGUCCUGAAGAAUCCAGCCUGUUUCAGUAUUUUGAUUUUUCCUACAAUGACUUGACAGAUGAGGUAUUUAAAAACUGCAGCACCCUCACUCACUUGGAAACAUUUAUCUUACCAAGAAAUAAAUUUGAGAAGCUUUCAAAGGUGAGCUCAAUGACCAGCAAAAUGAUAUCACUGAAACACUUGGACAUAAGUAGGAAUUUAUUAUAUUACAAUGAGGAUGAGAAGCAAUGCAACUGGACUGAAACUCUAGUCAAACUGAACUUGUCUUCAAACAAACUGACAGAUGCAGUCUUCAAAUGUUUGCCACUUCAUGUCCAGAUACUUGACCUGCAAAAUAACCAAAUCAGUACCAUCCCCAAGGAGAUUACUGAGCUGCAAGCUUUGAGUGAGUUGAAUAUUGCCUUUAAUAGACUCACUGACCUGCCUGGGUGCAGGCAUUUCAGUGCUCUGGAAUUCCUGAAUAUAGAAAUGAAUCAAAUUCUUACACCCUCUUCUGAUUUCUUCCAAAGCUGUCAAAAUAUCAGAGAGCUAAAAGCAGGACUAAAUCCAUUCAAAUGUUCUUGUGAAUUACAAGACUUUAUUAAUAUUGCAAAACAAGGCCCUGCAAGGCUGGGGGGCUCUCCGGAGUUGUAUGUAUGUGAAUAUCCAGAAGGCUGGAAAGGAACCCAACUAAAGGAUUUCCAUUUGUCCAAAAUAGCUUGCAAUACAGCUCUCUUGCUUGUCACUGUUCUAAUCAUUACAGUGGUCCUUGUGGCUUUGGUGUCUUUUCUGUGCAUCUAUUUUGAUGCUCCGUGGUAUCUGAAGAUGAUAUGGCAGUGGACACAAACAAGGCGAUGGGUUUGGAACCGUCAUAUUGAUGAACUACCAAGCCAUUUACAGUUUCAUGCUUUCAUUUCAUACAGUGAACAUGAUUCUUUAUGGGUGAAGAACGAUCUGAUACCAAAUCUGGAGAGGGAAGAGGGGUCCAUACAGCUGUGUGUGCAUGAGAGGAACUUCAUUCCAGGCAAAAGCAUUGUGGAGAACAUCAUUAACUGCAUUGAGAAAAGCUACAAAUCCAUCUUUGUUCUGAGUCCCAAUUUUGUGCAGAGUGAAUGGGGCCAUUAUGAGCUUUACUUUGCCCACCACAAAUUGUUUAGUGAGAGCUCAAACAGCUUGAUCCUCAUUUUACUGGACCCAAUUCCUCAGUAUAUCAUUCCUGCCCGGUAUCACAAGCUGAAAGCACUUAUGGCCAAGAGAACGUACUUGGAGUGGCCCAAGGAGAAAAACAAACAUGGACUCUUCUGGGCUAACCUUAGGGCAGCAAUUAACAUUAACCUGCCACUGUCUGCCAAAACAAACAAGGUGUAGAUAACAAGAACAUUCAUUAAGCUUUAGGUUUUCUUUGUUAAUAUUGUUUAUAAUGAACUAUAUUCUUAAGGGAACCAAUUAACUUACUAAUGGAAAUUUUCAAGAGCAGCUUGGAUAGG